GAAAUUAUUUAAAAAUUUCGUAGGUACGUGAGACAAAGCAUUUUGAACGACCCUAACAAAAUUACAUAGAUAAUUUUCAAAACUGUUUCAGGCAUUCAAUAGGUUUAUGAUUUUUUAUUAACAUGAACAAAAAUAUUAAAAAGGUUUCUGUUCUUAUCAUCUUUUUGAUAUUAGUUCAAGCAAGCACUUGUGAUAAAAAACAAAAAAAUAAAUACUCAAAGGAAUAUAACACGAAUAUUUUUGAUUCAGAAAAAUAUGACCCAGAAAUCAGAGAUCUCAAGAACCCAUUUAGAAUGGGGAAACUUAAUCUUGUUUGGGAAAAAGCAAAACAUAGAUUAACAGAACCAAAAUUAAAAUCAUUGUACACGGAACUUAAAAUUCAAGAUAAAGAAGAACUGGCAUGGAAAGAGCUUAACUCACAACACAAAGAUAAAGAUGGAAUAAAAGCUGCAGAAUUAAGACAUAAACUGAUUGGAAUUAUGAGUACAUAUGAUUUAUUAGAACAUUUUGAAGAUACUCAAGAUCCGGUCAAAACUAAACCUUAUAAAAAAUUCCAUGAUAAAAACGAUAAUAAUUAUAUGAACAAAUCCUUAUUUAAAGAUAAAAAAUUAAAUAGAUUAUGGGAAAAGGCUGAAAUAAGCGGAUUUUCCGCAGAAGAACUCAAAACACUAAAAGAAGAAUUUCAACAUCAUCAAGAUAAAAUCGAUCUAUACUAUAGUUUAUUAGAAGAAAUUGGAAGUGAAACUAGAAAAACCGAGCAACAUGAAAAUGCUGUCAACGAAGACGAACUAGAAAUAUUUAAUGAGAUUACUAAUUUAGAUAAUAAUGAAAUUCCCGGCGCUGAUAAACAUAAUGAUUAUUCGGGAAAUAUUAAUAAACUUCGUGAUACUCAUCGCGAAAUCAAGGAUCAUUAUGAACGUUUAGAACGUUUGACUGCAAGAGGUCCUAAUAGCCAAGAAUUUAUAGAACCAAAAGUUCAAGGGCUGUGGCGUGUGGCUAUGGCUUCCAACUUUACUGAAAAGGAAUUAGAUUCCAUAAAGCAUGAAUUACGUCAUUUUGAAUCUCGCCUCAUAAAAUUGAGACAUUUGCAUGCAGACUACGCAUUAACAAAAGAAAAACAUAAGAGAGAAAAAUCAAAUGAUAAACAUGAUAAAUUUCAAGAAAUGAAUGAUCACAUUAAGAAACAAACUAGAAAAGUAGAAAAACUUCAAGAUGAUUUAGAAAAAAUGAUUUUUAAGCACACUGAACUAUAAAAGAAGUCGCACAAACUUAUUUCAUAAGUUUCUAAUAUUUUAAAAGAAUUGCCAAAUUAAUUAUACAUAAUUGAAAAUGUGAAUAUUAUAACUUUGAUUUGUUUUAUUUGCAAAAAAUUGUAUUAUAAUUAUUUUUUAUAUAAAUGAAAUAAAAAAUUGUAAAAAUUAUGUU